AUGAAAUGAAAGCAUGUGUGCUUGGCACUGUGUUGGAUGGAAGUGGACGUGGCAAAUUUCCAUUUAACGCAACACAAAGAGAAACACGGGUAAACAUGUCGACCGUUUCAUGGAUGAGAUAUGACUCAUGCUGCCACAAGUACAUUCGCCAAUGAUGCUACUGACUGUCAUCUAUCAUCAACAGGACAAUGGACAAUCAUGCAGCAAGUCACCCAUAGGUAAUGACUCUGCAACCAUGGAUGCCAUUUCAAGACAAAUGAGCUAUGCUCUGAGAUUUAGAUGUCUAGCCCUUAACAGUUUCCUAACUAUCCUGCCAAAGUUGAUGAGACAGUCUCCCAGGUUGUUACCGAAGUGUUCGAAUGGAUCCUCUCAGAUUGAUUCAGAGUCAGUUAAGCAGUCUGAACUGGAGUACAGGGCUUCCUUCUUGUCAAAACAUUUUCACCUACCUCAGAAGGUAAUGGAAGAUUUCUUGAGAUCAAAUUUUCAAAUUUUCUCCAUGAGCAGGGACAAGUUUCAGUCUUGUUCUUUGCUUCUUUCAUCCCAUGGAGUCACAGCAAAAGAAAUGUUCACUUACCCAAUGGUAUUCAGAUGCAGUGUUUCCACACUUGGAAAACGCAUGGAGUCAAUGCAGAGAUCAGGAAUGCAACCAAAGCUGAGUCUUGUCACCUUGUCAUCAUGCAAGUUCAAUGCACGCAUGACUAGACUGCAGGUUGAUAGGGAUGCUGAGUUGGAGUUGAAAGAUCAUGAAACUUUGUUAAGCAGUUUGUUAGAGUGCUCACCUGAAGAAGCUGCAGCUGCCCUCAAGGACCGGGGCUGGUUCAGAAAAUCAAGGCUCCUCACAUUGAAGAGGAAUAUUCAGAUCUUAAAGAAUUAUGGAGUGCCAAGUGAAGCAAUACUUGAACGCCUUUAUGUUCUUAUUAAUUCUCAUAAAACUUUAGAAGAACAGUUGACAAUUUUGAAAAAGGAAGGAGUGUUCUACCCUGACUACCCCAAAGCCUUCAUGACACUACUUCAGUCAGACAGUGGUGACUUCCAAAAAUGCCUUAACAGCAUUUUGGUGGAUCGAGAGAUCCUUCGGGAGGUUAACUGCAGGGAUAAGGCCGAGUAUGUUGUAAAACGUCUUGAGUGUACCACUGAGGGCUUAAACUAUAUGCUCCAACAGUACAGACGUCUCCUCACUGUCAAUGUACCUAAAUUGAAACAAAAUUUGGACUUCCUCUUGAAUGUCUGUGAAUUGAAAACAACAGACAUUAUGAAUAAUGCACUAGUACUAGGUUUUGGAAACAAUACAUUACAGGAGAGAUAUAAACUUCUGGUUGAUCAACAAAUUCCAGUGACUGCAGCAAUCCUUAAAAUGAGCAAGGGAAGGUUCCAGCAAUAUGUUGACCAGUAUUACUUUAAAUGAUUACAUUAUCUCAGUCUCUUGCCAUUUGAUCAAAAUUUUCUCAUUUCUGGAUUCGUAUAAUUGACAGAAAGUAUAAAUAGUUUUAAGCUACACAGUUUGGUAUGAUUUGCCAGGAUUUCGGUAUCAAUGACACACACAGGUUUAUGAACUAUUUUAUCUUGAAACCAUUAUACAUGUAUAUUUCAAAUUUAGUCCAAAAUACAUUUAUCUUUUCAGA